AUUCAAAGGCCCAUCUUUUAAUCGUCCAUUUCUUCUAAGCCUUUUACUUGGUACGCAGAAAGUAAGUCGCAGAGCAGAGACGCAGAAGCUCGCACGCAAAUCGAUCGGCAAAGUGCCGGUAGAGACACCUCCGCCGCCGCUAGACGCCGCCGACCCUCCAGGCUUCAUUAUAUCGAUUAAACUUCAUUUGGAGGUAACGUCAUCAAGCCAAUGGAUGAUGCUGGUGGAUUGAGCUACAAACCUCCCCCUGAUUUUGAAGAGGAUAAAAGAGACCCACUCAUUGAACUUAAGUUAACAGAUUCAACUGAACUCUGGCUCUUGCAAUGGCCCCUAAAUCAUGCUCCAGAUUUUGAUGGUCUAGAAGUGUCUCUUGGGCUUCAUCAUGAUGGAAUUUUAGGCAGCUUUGAGAGUUCUUCUGGAAAGGCUUACGAUGUUUACAGUAGAAAAGCACAGGAUCCAGAGCUAACAGUAUUUUCAUCAUCAUCAUCAUCUUCUUCAGACGCUAACAUUGUUGGGACGUUUUCGCGCCAUGUUUCCUUCAUCCACUAUCCAGAGCCAAGUGAAUAUGAGAAAGCCAACCAAAUUAGGUUGAAGGAGUUCUCACAGAGGUCUUCAAGCUACACAUCAACAAAGACAGGUUCAACUUUCCAUCGUUCGAGUGCUACUAAAAGUAGCAGGCAUAGAACUUCUUCACCAUCCCCAAGUGUCUUCACCACAUCCCCUGCUCCCAGUAGUCGACACAAAAAGUCCUCUCCAAAGGAAAAAGGUGGCGGUGAGAGUGCGAAGAACAAGACUGUGGGCCCGUCUUUGCUGCUGCCGGAGGAUUCUGGAAGAGCCACUAGCACAGUAACCACUUCUGGGUCAGCAGGCCAACAUUCUCAGGAAAGGACAUCCAACAAGAAGUCCAGGAAGAGUUGAGGCUUCAAACUGUAAUGGAAUUUAUAUCUUUUUUCCCCCUCUUUGAUUGCAGGAUUUGGGGG